UUAUUUCCCUUGAAGGUUUUUAUGUUGUGUGUAUCACGAGUGCAUAAGUGAAUAUAGAGCAGAGGAAGGAUUCAGAUCAGGCGAGGUUUCUACUCUAAUCGGUUAGCUGGCAUCCGAGCUGGUCUGGAAGCAGGACGCUUUCAGGACAAAAGACUGAUGCUCGACAUUUAAGCGCAUUUAACAGGUAGGAUGGAGCUCCAGAAGAUCAUUCACGAUGCACUGUACGACUUUGUCCGAUCACACAUACCGCAUGCUGAUCUGAGCACCCUGGAUGACGUUUUGCUUUCCUACAUCAUCGGUGUGCUGGAAGAUCUUGGCUCCCAGGCAAGCGUUGAAGAAAACUUUGACGUUGAGGUGUUUGUUGAGAUGCUUGAGGCUUAUAUUCCAGGCUUUUCCAACAUUGACUGUGUUCAGGUUUGUGAAAUGAUGUUCAGCUUGUCCUCGAAAUUAGCGUCAGCAAGAAGUAAAGAGUCUUUUGAGUUGAAGACAGGCGAGGGAAAUUGUUCCUUGACACCUCCUCCAGAGCAAAGAGUCCAGAUGCAAAAGACACACAGCCACUCAUCACAUGCAGAGGGAGCCACAGCCAAGGUGAGCACUUCAGAUUGGGAUAUGCAGGAACAGCACCUUCUGGAAAUGUUUCCUAAGUGUAGCGUGACCGAAGCCAGAAGUGCGUUAUCUAUUGCUAAAGGAGACAUGGAGGAAGCUGUUCGACUCAUCAUCGAGGGAGAUGUGCAGCUCAGUCCCACCCCUCCCCUCAGAGCAAGCCAAACCAAGACUGAGACGGCACAGGCUGAUGAGAAGCUUAAAGCAAAUAUUUUAGAAAAAUACAUGUUGGUAGAUAAUGAGGAGGAUAAGAAAAUACACAGACCGUUCAUCCCAAAAGACGCUCCGAAGAAGUUGGUGCGUUACCAUGGCAAUCAGGUGGUGACAACCAAGGGAGAGCGCUACCAUCUGGUGAAGAAAGAUGAAACUGAGGAAAUGAAAAAGACUUAUGUUAGCCUUAAACCAGCUCGCAAAUACCGCUUUCACUGAUAUCUGUACACUUACACAUCUGGUUUUAAAAUUUUAUUUAUGAUGCGAGUGAUUUGACCUGUACGUGAGCUGUUCUGUGAAUUCAUAUUUUUCCCUUUUUUGUAAUUUUUUUUUUUGUUUUCUUUUUUAGGAGUAUACAUCUUUAAUUCUUAAUGCACUGACAAAAUCAAAUCUUUUCAAAGUUUUGUUUUGAGUAUGUCUUUUUUACUUUUUGUUGUAUUAUGGUUUAGAUGUGUUUUAUGUACCACCACUUCUGUUUCACCAUCCAAACCGUCAAGGGUUGUUCAAAAGAAAUUGAUGCUCCUGUGUGUGUGCCUUGACCUUCCAUAGUCAAAAAUUGACAGUUUAAUCCCCAUUUUCUUUGUCAUGUACAAUGAGCUAUCCUCUUAUUUUCUUCUACCUCAGUGAGUGUACUUCUUGUAUGGAUAUUUUUAAUGGAAUGGUAAAGAGCACCCCAGUGCUAACAUCAUGCAGCUGUUAUAUCAGUUUAUUGAGCACUACCGUAAAAAGUCAAAUUCCAUGCAGUAUAGGGAACACUCAGGUUUCUGUUUAGGCAGAAUUUGGUUAUGAAAAGUCCAGAAAUACAUCUCGGCUGUUCUCCAAACAGAAAAAUGUAUCCUGUAUCAUCAUCAGUUUCUACUGCAGGAUGGACAGAGCUUCCUUAAAUGCCCUUGAUAAGGAAGUGUAAGGAAGCGGUGUCCAUCCUGCAGUACACUUACUAGUGAUCUCGUAAGCAAAAAAACAAAUUUCUCUUGAAAUCAUUUUACUUUGCAUGUGUCAAUGACUGGAUGACACUGGUAUGAUCUUGUGGAUCAUUUAGAUUUCUUGCCCAACAUCAUAUAACCCAAUUGUAGAAUUGGCAACAGCCUUCAGCAAGGGAUAGUCUGGUUACUGUCACGGGGUUGAACACCUUCUUUGACGAGGGUCUUCUCAUGUUUGGGCAUUAUAUAAAACAGGUUUGUCCAAUCUUAUCUACAAAGGGCUGGUCUAGGUCCAUGUUUUUAUUCCAACACACCAGCUUUCACCAUUUUAAAUCAACCUGGUUUUCACCUGUGGCAUGAGUGCCAUGGUCAUCUCAGUACAAGUGAGGAUAGUCCUAUUCAUGAUGCUGUUGGCAUAUAUUAUGCAAGUCAUUUCUACUCCUGGUAUUUGGGAUACAAUAUAAUUCUAAUUACAUAUGUAACUGAGUUUCUGAACUCCAGAUAAACAAUAAGGUCCCUUGUCAUUUGAAAACUAUACCAGCUAAGUGAGAAAUUUCCAAGGAAAGGUGGCAGUUUUAUGGUGGUGUUUAUUGUAAAUACUGGUUUAUGCAUCACUGUGUGACUUUGGAAGGUCUUGGCACACACUCAAGGAGGCAUCAAAGUGUCUCUCACUGACCCUAGUGGUUAUCAUACAUCACCUACAGGGUUUUAAAGUACAAUGAAGGUUGGGGUGUGCACUGUGAAAUCUGAUUGCCAUGGGGUAAUGAUAUUUCAGUCGGGCAUUAUUAAAGCUAGGAUAAAGUGAAAUUUAAGGGGAAGAGAGUUACUGUAUUUUUUUAAAACAGAUAUACAAAUGAUACAAGGGCCUCCCAAAUGUAUUUAAUUGCUACUUGUAUGUUAUUUUGACCUCUGAGUUGUUUGCACUGGAUUAUCUUAGUUUAGUCUGGUUUUACUCUACUGUAUUAGAAGUGUUAUGUACGUUGGUGCUUACAGUUCUGCAUGGUUUUAGCUGAUGGAGAGUGAAUGUUCAUGUAACCCAUGCUCACUAUUCAUAGUAGAACAGGAAGCCUAGUGUAUUAACAUUUGUAUGUUGUCGUUUGUGCUCAGGUUAUGCAGUUCCUCAUAAAGAGGUGAUCUCCGCUAACUGCUAAACUACAAACUGUUGAAAUGCGCCCGAAGUUUUAUUUUUGCUGUAUGAUCAACAUAAAAAGAUGGAUGUAAA